AGCCUUCCUUCAGUAUAAGAAAAUGGAGCUCUUCCUCCAUGGCCAAAGUGUUGGCCAGAAGGUCUUCAAGACAGCAAGGUUUGUAAAGCCUUUCCAGGAGGCACAGCAAGUGUGUGCACAGGCCGGGGGGCAGCUGCCCUCCCCACGAAAUGCAGCUGAGAACGAGGCCUUGAAACAGCUGGUUGAGAUUGAGAACAAGGGUGCUGCAUUCCUGAGCAUGACUGACUCCCAGACGGAGGGCAAGUUCAUCUAUCCAGGAGGGGAGUCCCUGGUCUAUUCAAACUGGGCCUCUGGUGAGCCCAACAACUAUCGCGACAUGGAGGACUGUGCGGAGAUGUACACCAAUGGCCAGUGGAACGACGGGCCCUGUGGGGAGAAGCGCCUUGUGGUCUGCGAGUUCUGUGCCCUUGGGGUGGGUGAGGCAGCCUUGGUCCAGGAGCCUGGCCCAGACCUGUGUGCUGCCAACAUGACAACGAAGAGCUGACAUCACUGUGGCUGGGCUUCUGCACAGAGCUGUGGGAUGAGGCCAGCCAAGGGCUCCCAUGGAACUCCUCUCUCAGAAUAAAAUACGAA